AUGGAAUAUAAAGGUUGUGCACCCUACGUUGAAGCAAGGUCUCAAUACGCUUCAAACACAGGGUCGAAUCAAAGUCAUUGUUCCGAAAUACGGACCCUUUUACUUCUCCAUUCGAUUCUCCUCGACUACCACAUUGUCAAGAUCGACGAGAUCUUCAAAAAAACAGGUUCCAGCAAGGCUUGGAACAACAAUCCAACAAAGACUCGGGGAUUCAAGGCUUCAACGUUCGAGAAUACUGAGCCACUCGAGAUCAAGAUAUCUCUUCAGAGACUCGGAGGCACUUGCGACGUUUGGUUGGAUCGCACCAUGACAGACACGGCGACCAGCACUCUUUCACAGGUUUCGGGAAAAGCUGAGCAAGAAAAUGAUAUGGAACCUCGUACUCAGUUUAACACAGAUGUCGAACGAUCAGCUGUCGAUGAUACGCAUUUGAAGAAUACUACUGUUCGAAAUUUUGUCUGGAAGGAUGUGACGGUCACUGUCAAGGACAACAAAACUAAACAACCAAAAGCAAUUUUAGAUGGUGUUAGUGGCGUGGUUGAAGCUGGAGAGAUAUGUGCUUUGAUGGGACCUAGUGGUUGUGGAAAAACUACACUGUUGAAUUUUCUUGCCCACAGAGAUGCAGCCGCGAAAGCAACUGUAGUAGGAGAAGCGCUGGUUAAUGGUUUAAAUCCCUCGAAGAGUGUUUUCCGAGACAUGAGUUCAUAUGUUGAACAAGAGGAUGCCCUUAUUGGCUCUCUGACUGUGCGAGAAACACUAAAUUUUGCAGCUCGUCUCGCUCAUAAAAAUUUAUUGACAAGAACCGAGCGGAAGAGACGCGUCACUGGAUUAUUAGAAUCAUUCGGUCUUCGUAAUCAGGCGCAUACCAUUAUUGGGACCCCAAUUCAGAAGGGUAUCAGUGGUGGUCAGAAACGACGAGUGAGUGUUGCAAGUCAACUCAUCACUGGACCCAAACUUCUCUUCUUGGAUGAACCAACAUCCGGUUUGGAUUCUGCAGCGAGUUGGGAGGUCAUGUCUUUUGUGAAGGAGGUCGCGAAAAGAAAUAACUUAAUUGUUAUAGCAAGCAUACAUCAACCUUCCACUUCCACUUUCCAGCUUUUCGAUAAAUUGUUACUAUUAUCCGCUGGAAAAUCGCAUUAUUUUGGCCCAGUCUCAGAAGUCAACCAACAUUUCGAAUUCAUAGGAUAUCCAAUCCCACUUCACAUGAACGCCUCAGAAUACCUUCUCGAUCUCAUGAACACUGAUUUUGCAGCCAAUCAAGCACAAGCACAAACAAGACUCCUCCAAAUUCAGGAAUCUUGGUUGGAUUCGUUCUCGUGUCGGCAAAUGCACGAAAAGAUUCAGCACACCUUGCAGAACAUUAAGCCUCUACCUGUGACCCAUUCUUCACGUGGUAGCUUUUUCAAUAUAUUGAUGACAUUGGUGCAUAGAGCUUUCAUUAAGAGCUAUCGAGAUGUGGUCGCAUAUGGAAUUCGUAUUGCGAUGUAUAUGGGGCUUGCUAUCAUGAUGGGUACAGUUUGGCUUCGUCUUAAAACAGAUCAGAGUGACAUUCAACCUUUCAUUAACGCUAUCUUCUUCGGGUCGGCAUUCAUGUCAUUUAUGGCUGUCGCAUAUGUUCCCUCUUUUCUUGAAGAUCGUUCUACGUUUAUCAAGGAGCGAGCAAAUGGUCUCUAUGGACCUACAGCAUUUAUGAUCUCGAACUUCAUCAUCGGUUUACCAUAUUUAUUCCUCAUAACUUUCCUCUUCUCAGUAACAACCUAUUUCCUCAACAAUUUCCGGCCCACCGCCUCUGCCUUCUUCACCUGGAUAAUGUGGCUCUUUCUCGAUCUCCUCGCCGCCGAAUCCCUUGUCGUUCUUAUAUCUUCUCUCUUUCCCUCCUUUGUGAUAUCCCUUGCUCUUACUGCUUUUGCAAAUGGACUCUGGAUGAGUGUGGGCGGCUUUUUAGUGCCUCCGCAUAUUCUAAAUGUAUUCUGGAGAUAUGUCUUUCAUUAUAUUGAUUAUCAGACAUAUGUCUUCCAAGGAAUGAUGGUCAAUGAAUUCGGUGAAAGAGAUUAUACAUGCGGAAAUUCUUGUCAAUGCAUGUACAUCACCGAUCUCGCAGCAGAAUGCAAGAUAAGCGGAAAAGGAGUUUUGGAUCAAUAUGGAUACAAGACCGGCAAGACCGGUGAAUGGGUAGGCAUUUUAAUUGCGAUUAUUGUUGGAUACAGAAUUUUGGGCUUGGGCGCCUUGUAUUUCAGACGUUAA